AUUCCUCUAAUCAGCAUUCAGCAACAUCGGGUCUUCUCUUAUCAAGUUCACAAGUUGAAUUAAUAAUUUUGUGGUUUUGUCAAAAAAUAUUAGUGGCAGACCACAUUAAAAUAAACUAUAUAAAAGGAAACAAAAUACAUAAUUUCUUUAAAUACUAGGAAAAACUAUUACAGUAGAAACAGCUUAUUUAAAAUGGUAGACUCAAAAGUUUUAGAAAUGGCUAAUUUGAGGAAGAUUUACAUAAACAAAUCGAAUGUGGAUGCACAAAUACAGACAAUAUUAGAUACUCACCCUAUAACCACUCCAGAUGUCUUAAAUGCAUGGUUACUGAAAGCCAUUACAGUAAUUGAUUUAACUACUCUUUCUGGUGAUGAUACCAGAUCAAAUGUAUUUAGACUUUGUACUAAGGCGGCAAAUCCGUUGACAAGAGAUUUGAUAAAACAGUUGAAUUUGGAAAAACCCGUCAGAACUGCAGCAGUGUGUGUUUACCCAACAAAAGUAAAAGAUGCUUAUGAGGCUAUCAAACUUAUGGAACUCACUUCAGAAAUUAAUAUUGCAGCCGUGGCCACAGGAUUUCCAUCGGGCCUCUAUCCAAUAGAGACAAGACUACAAGAAAUCAAAUAUGCUGUAUCGAGCGGAGCAACUGAAAUUGAUAUAGUCUUAGACCGUAGCUUAGCGCUAACAGGGCAGUGGGAUGCAUUGUAUGAUGAAGUCAAACAAAUGAAGAAAGCAUGUGGUAAAGCCCACUUAAAAGUCAUAUUAGGAGUUGGAGAAUUGGGAACUUAUGAGAAUGUUUACAGAGCCUCCAUGAUAUCUAUGAUGGCUGGUGCAGACUUUAUAAAGACCUCCACGGGUAAAGAAGCUGUGAAUGCGACCUUGCCUAUUGGUCUUGUGAUGUGCAGAGCAAUAAGAAGACACUAUCAAAAUACUGGAAUCAGGGUUGGCCUCAAACCAGCUGGUGGCAUAAAGACAGCUAGAGACGCAGUCAACUGGCUGGUCCUUGUGUACACGGAAUUAGGUCCAGAAUGGCUUACACCAAAACUCUUCCGCAUUGGUGCUUCUAGUUUACUUGCUGAACUUGUAAACAAUAUUGUAAUUGAGAAAAAGGAAAGUCAAUAGUAUGUGCUGUUUAAAAUUGAGUCAACAUUUUUAAGAGAGUUUAAUAUUUUUAUAAAAGUUUUAUUGGUGCCAUAUUUUUGGAUUUAAUUGUUAUUUAGUGUCGUGUUUAUAUUCAUGAGUGACCUAGGUCAUUAAAUAUUUUAUUAUCAGUGUUAUAGACCUAAAUCACUAUGCCUAUAAUUAUUAUAUUUUAAAUUUACUUUAUAGAUAUACAAUAUUUUUGUAAACA